CAAGACUAAGAGUGUCCCCCUUAAGCUGCUAGAGCCCUUGGCGCUAUUUUGGCAGUGCCCACUGCGCGGGGACAGUGCACCUAAGCGAUUAACCUUCAUACUUGGCCCAUCAAUCGAAGCAAAAGGUCGCUAGGCAAUCCACAGUGUUACAUUUGCCUACUUUACAAUACAGACCCUGAGCCCGAAGCGGUCUUCGCGCGCCUGCCGCCGGGCCAAAGAUGGCGCCGAAACAGCGCUGCCUCUACGAGGUGCUGGAGGUGGCGCGGGAAGCUGAGGAUGGCGAAAUUAAAAAGGCGUAUCGCAAAAUGGCGCUGAUGUGGCAUCCAGACAAGAACGCACACCGGGCGGAGGAGGCCGCAGAGCGCUUCAAGGAGAUUCAGAAUGCGUAUGAGAUCCUGUCUGAUAAGCACGAGCGAGCCUGGUAUGAUGACCACCGCGAUCAGAUCAUGCGCUCCGGCGAGCGGCACCAAGCCGGCGGCGGCAGCGGCGGCUACGAGGCGGGCGGCGAGCGGCCGGCGGAGGACGAGGAGAUAUUCUCCUUCUUCAGCACCAGCUGCUUCAGCGGCUUUGGGGACGGGCCCAAGGGCUUCUACGGCGUGUAUGCGGAGGUGUUUGCCAACCUGGCAAAGCGGGAGCAGGAGGCGUGGGAGGCGCGCGAGCCCGGCAGCGACAGCGACGGCGACGGCGAGCCGCCCUCCUUCCCCGCCUUCGGCACCUCCGAGUCCGACGCCGCCGCCGUCGCCGCCUUCUACGCCGCCUGGUCCACCUACACCACCUGCCGCUCAUUCGCCUGGGCCGACAUCUACAACACCGCGGCGGCGCCCGACAGGCAGAUCCGUCGGCGCAUGGAGGAGGAGAACCGGCGGAAGCGGCGGAAGGCGCGGCGGGACUGGAUGGACACGAUCCGGGAGCUGGUGGCGUUCGUGAAGAAGCGCGACAAGCGAGUGGCCAAGGCGCAGGCUGAGGAGGCGGCGCGGCGAGCCCAGCGUGAGGCUGAGGACGCGGAGCGGCGCAAGAGGGAGCGCGAGGAGCGACUGGCUCGGGCGGCCGCCUAUGAGGAGGCUGACUGGGUGCGCAACACGCCCAGCCACCACCACCACGGCGAGGAGGACGGCGAGGGCUCGGAGGAGGAUGAGGCGGAGGAGGAGGUGUUUGAGUGUGUGGUGUGCGACAAGGUCUUCAGGAGCGACAAGCAACUCAAGAACCACGAGCGAUCCAAAAAGCACGCCGAGGCGGUGGCGGCACUUCGCGCCGUGCUUGAGGAGGAGGAGGCCGCUAUCCUGGAUCUGGAUUUGGAUCUCGAUGGCUCGGGGGCCGGAGCCGCCUCCGUAGCCGGCGGCGGCGGCGGCGGCGGCGGCGGUGGCGGCAAGGGCGGCCGCGGCGGCAGCGGCAUGGAUGGCGCCGCUACUGGCGGCGGCGGCGGGAGCAAGAAGAAAAAGAAGGCCAAGCGCAGGGCUCAGAAGGCGGCGGGCGGGUCAGCCAUGCAGUCUCGGGACGCCGGCGGGGAGGACGAGGAGGCGGAGGAGGCGGAGGGGGAGGAGGAGGCAGAGGAGGAGGCGCGGGCGGCGCCGGCGCCGGCUCCGGCGUCGGCAGCAGCCGGGAAGGGCAAGGGGAAAGCGCAGCAGGCAAAGGGGAAAGCGGCGGCUCCGCCACCGCCUCCGCCUCCGCCUAAGUCGGAGAGCGAGGAGGAGGAAGAAGAGGAGGAGGAGGAGCAGGAUGAGGACGAUGACGCUAUGCUGGCACGCAUGAUGGCGGCUCAUGCGCGGGUGGGUGGCGGAAAGCAGCAGCGGCAGUCCAAGGGCGGGAGAGGCGGCAAGCAGCAGCAGCAGGAGGACGAGAAGGGAGAGGAGGAGGAGGAGGACGAAGAGGAGGAGGAGGCGGAGGCGCCGGCGGCGCGCAAGGCGGAGGCGGCGGCUGACAUCGAGGACGACGAGGAGGAGGAAGACGAUGAAGAUGAGGAUGCCAUGCUCGCACGCAUGAUGCGAUCCAAACAGGCAGCGGCGGCGUCAGGGCCAGCUGCGCGGAAAGGCGGCGGCGGAGGGGGUAAGAAGGCUGCCCCUGCUCCCGCCGUUGAGUCUGAUGAGGAGGACGACGAGCAAGACGAAGAGGAGGAGGAGGAGGCGCCGCCAGCGGCGAGCAGCAGCGGGCGGCAACAGCAACAACAGCCGGCGGCGCCAAAGCAGGCGCAAGCAGGCGGCGGCAAGGUUGCCAAAGGCGGCGCCGCCGCCGCCGCCAAGCCCGCUGCCUCCAAACCGGCGCCUGCCUCGAAACGCGGCGGCGGCGGCGGCGGCGGCGCAGCCACCGUCGGUGUGCCGGCGGGCUCAGGCUUCGUAGCCUCGGAUGAUGACAGUGAUGAGGAGGACGGCUCGCAAGCAACCACAAAGAAGGAGAAGCGAAAGGCAAAGGCGGCGGCGCGCAAGGCCGCGGCCACGGCGCCUGGGCCUGGGCAAACCGCCUGUCUUGUGUGCGGUGAGAAGUUUGGGAGCCGGUCGCAGCUGUUCAAGCAUAUCGCAGACACGGGGCACGCCGCGCUUAAGGGCUAGGCAGCAGGAGGAGAAGGAGUUGGUGAAAAGAGUGGGGCUGUGAGGAGGGCCGCACAGGGACAGCCGGUGGCGAAAGGAGUACCGGUAUGGUAUGCGGCGGACCAGCGUGGGAGGGCGGUGCAGAGGGUGGAGGUGGUGAAAGCCAAGACUUGGUGGCUUGGUGCUAGGCGGGCCUGCCUAGGUAAGGUCGUGGUGUGGCUGGUGCGAUGCGGUAAUGGACCGGUCGUGGCUUAGGCACCCCUGGCGCAUUGCCGGAGCACGUCAUCCUGGGAGCAGCCCGCGAAUGGUUGCGAUGGUUGCAAGACGGGCCUGGUCCCACGGCCUGGUCCUGUGUUAUUGCAUGCUGCAAUUUGUACUUGAGGCAUAUCUACAAGCAGUAUAU